AUGUCGCAGCAUCUAACCAUGUCAAUACCCUCGUACCUACCUAUAAAUGCUGGUGGCGACUGGCGAGCCUCUUGCAAAGCGGCGUGCGCUCGAUUGUCAUUCACUCUGCUGCGCAGGGUGACCAACAUGCCAACACCCAAGGGGACGAGGAGGAGCCUCCUGCUGAGGACCCUGGAGCGGUGCAAGUCCGGGCCCGGGCGGAGCGGCGGCGCAGCGUCGGCGGUGGCCGGGUGCUUCUCGGUGUACGUCGGGAAGGAGCGGGAGCGGUUCAUGGUGCGCACCGACUGCGCUAACCACCCGCUGUUCCGGCGGCUCCUCGACGACGCCGAGCGCGAGUACGGGUACGCGUCGCAGGGCCCGCUCGCGCUGCCUUGCGACGUCGGCACGUUCCUCGACGUCCUGUGGCAGAUGGACCACGGGGUCGACGAAGACGACGACGGCGGCAGUGCCGGCCGGGACGAGCUCCCCACGGCGGCGCGGUCGCCGGUAUGCGGCCUGCUGCUGGGUAGCCGCAGCAAGUGCCGGGCGGCUGGGUACGGGAAGAUGCUCGGCCGCGCGAGGUCGACGUCCGCCGCUGGGCAGCAGCUUCUCCCAGGGUUCACACUUGGCUGUUAG